UUAAUAAUUGCAAGUAAGUCCAGCUAUUGAGCAUAAUCUUCCGAUUUCUCCUUUCUCUCGACCAAAAUAGCUGCGGGAGUGAGGUUAAGCCUCCGGAAGUGAAAGAAAAAGUCUCUCUGCGCUUUUGCUUUGCUGUAGACUGCUGCUGGUAGGUAAACUUAUUCUUCAAUGGCGGCGGCGAGGAUAAGAGUAUCAUCAAUCUUGGCAAUAACAGUAAUUGCAGCCUCUCUCAGUUUGGCAUCUACCACCACUCCUCAGGUUGAUUUUGUGAAGAAAACCGUAUCUUCCCACAAGAUCGUCAUCUUCUCCAAGUCCUAUUGCCCAUACUGUAGGAGGGCUAAAGCUGUUUUUGAAGAAUUGAAGGAGGUACCACACGUUGUUGAGCUAGAUCAGAGAGAUGAUGGGCAGGACAUUCAAGAUGCCCUGAGUAAAAUUGUUGGUAGGCGUACAGUUCCUCAAGUUUUCAUAAAUGGAAAGCACAUUGGUGGCUCUGAUGAUACAGUUGAAGCUUAUAAAAGUGGAGAACUGGCUAAGCUUCUAGGUAUUGCUGGUAAGGAUGAUCUCUGAUCCAGUACUAUACUCGGUGUCAGUUACCAGAAUAAUGUGCCAAAGCAAUGCACAUGAUGUGACUUUUUCUACUGUUGGACAAGACUGUUAAAAUGGUUUUGCAUUCUGAUUCAAUAUGGCCAUCAAUAUAUGGGCAAAUUAUUAAAACUAUGCUUGUUUCUUCAUUGGUUCUAUCCAAGUAUCGUGGACAGUUUUCUCAA